AUGCCGCCCUUAAGUCCUCUCUGUCACUUUCUUGUCCUGAGGCCGCAUUCCAAGGCGCAUAUGAUGUCCAACCUCGAAGAUGAAGACCUCGCACCCGACGCUACGCUCCUAGCCGUAAUCGGUGUCCUCGACGCUGCGAGGGACGAGACCAGUGUUGUUGCGCGGAUACACGGGGGUGGGCUGUGGGUUGAUGAUGGGACACACAAGAACGAGGCUGCGAAGGAUGCGUCGCCUGAUGCAGCAUCAGCUGCUCUGUCGGGCGUGGCGCCAGAGGACACCAAGUCGACUUCCGGAUCUGAAGAUGGUAUAUUGCAAUGCUGGCUUGACAACGUUGACCAAGUCGGUCACAUCAAGCUCGUUUCCUCGAGGCGAAGAUCACGUCGCUCGAACUCGAUUACGGACAUGCCUUAG